GCAGUUGAUCGCCAGGCCCUGAACUCCUCCAAAGGAGGAACUGGGGCGGGGGCUGUGCAAUUUGAGUGUGGCUGGGGGUGAAUCGGAAUGGGGAACCACGGAAGGCUCGAGUCAGCUUCUGGCGGGAGGCCCUCACUCCGGGGCUGGAAGGGCGGGCAGUGGCUUUGCAUUCUCUUGCGCUCCGGCGGCUGCUGGGCAAACAGGUUCUCCAUCCCUUAGGGAGGGCGCGGCAGGGGCGGAGGAUGUCCCACCCGGCGGGACCAGGUGUGCGGGCCCUGCACAGCUGCUGGGGCGUGGUCGCGCUCGGUGCUCGCCGCGCUGGAAGCAGACCGUAAGCCCCGGCACGGUUGGGAGCUCGCCGGACUGGACCUCCCGGGUCCCGCUUAGAGGCAGGGAUCCAGUUCACGCAAGAUGCGGCCGCUGCGCGGGCUCCGGCAGAAUGCCCAGAGCCAGGGGCUGGGGCGCGCUGCUCACCUCGCCCGGUGAGAGGAGGGGCCGGGGCACCUCCCGAGCCCCCGGCGCUCAGGACCCGCGCCAGGUAAGGGGCGGGGCUCCUCCCGCUGCUCCCUGCCCGGCUCCGGAGGGAGGGCGGAGGCUGCGAGCCUUAGAAACUCGCUCCUCUCCUUUCUCCCCACCCCAGCCUCGCGGCCUGUCCCUUGGAGGGGAGGUCGAAUGAGGGCUGCAUUUUUUGGACUGCGCGCUGCGGCCACGCGGAGCCAUGGGUAGACCUGCCACUGCGAGGACCUCAGCCAUGUGGGCCCCCAGCCGCCACCAGCUCUGCCUGGCCUUCCUGCUUGUCUGUGUCCUUUCAGCAAUAUCCUUUCUCCACUUCCACCAAGACCUCUUUCAAUAUGGCCUCCGCCUGUCGGUCCUUUGUCCAGACAGCCAUUUGCUGAGAGCCCCAGUGGCCAUCAUCUGCCUGGCUGACAAACAGCUCACCCAAAACACCUCCUCCUCUUGUCUUCAGAAUGCUGACCCCGUCUCAGGAACCUGGACUGUCCACCCAGAUGGCCGGUUGGGUAACCAGAUGGGGCAGUAUGCGGCACUGCUUGCCCUGGCCCAGCUCAAUGGCCGCCGUGCCUUCAUCUUGCCAGCCAUGCAUGCCACCCUGGCCCCGGUGUUCCGCAUCACGCUACCCGUGCUGACAUCUGAGGUAGACAGUCGGACACCGUGGCGGAAGUUGCAGCUGCAUGACUGGAUGUCAGAGGAGUAUUUCUGCUUGAAGGAUCCAUUUCUGAAGCUGUCUGGUUUUCCCUGCUCUUGGACAUUUUUCCAUCACCUUCGGGAACAAAUCCGCAGGGAAUUCACCCUUCAUGACCAUCUUCGUGAUGAGGCCCAGCACUUGCUGAGUCAGUUUCGUCUGGGCCACACUGGGGCCCGGCCUCGAACCUUCGUGGGUGUCCAUGUGCGCCGUGGGGACUAUCUGCAGGUGAUGCCCCAGCGCUGGAAGGGUGUGGUGGGUGACCGUGUCUAUCUCCAGCAGGCUAUGGACUGGUUCCGGGCCCGGCAUGAAGCCCCCAUCUUUGUGGUCACCAGCAAUGACAUGAAGUGGUGCUGGGAAAAUAUUGACAUCUCUCGGGGUGAUGUGGUCUUUGCUGGUGAUGGGCACGAGGGCUCACCAGGGAAGGACUUUGCCCUGCUCACUCAGUGCAACCACACUAUCAUGACCAUUGGCACCUUUGGCUUCUGGGCUGCCUACCUGGCUGGUGGAGACACUGUCUACCUUGCCAACUUCACCCUGCCAAACUCAGAGUUCCUGAAGGUCUUCAAGCCUGAGGCUGCCUUCCUGCCUGAGUGGGUGGGCAUUAAUGCAGACUUGUCUCCAGUGCAGACAGGGGCUGGGCCUUGGAAGCCAGGGAGACUUUUGGGACUGGUCUCAUCAGGCUAGAGU